AUGCUGCCGCUGUCUCUGACCAGAGCGCUACAGGUUUCCCAUGCAGUGCGAGCUGCUAAUCACCACCAAUCCAAUAGAGGACCUGUGUUUGCGUAAUAAACCCAGAUCCACAGAUAGCCUUAUGCCCAACAGAAAUAACAACAUGAAAUAAAUGACCUUUUCUCUGCACAUGGGUUUUGUUUUUCCAUUUUAAUCAACUCUCAACAAACAAAUUAAAUUACACAAUUAUUUUGGCAUGGUCUGGUCUUUAUCCUAAAACAGACACCUUUGCAUUAGAGAGUAGUUUCAUUACUGGACAGAAUCCAUAGGUGUUUUUCAAAGGGUUUCACAUCAGCUCGGGGCUGUUUGUUCAACUCAGAUCAACAUUUUGUCAUCAGUGUGUCACAAGGGUGUAAAGUCCCAACCAUUCAACACAUUCAAAUGAAAACACAGAAAUCCCUACAGGAGGAGUGUUGAGUCCUGCAAGUCCUAUAUUGUGUGGGGGCCUAUAAAUAAAGGGCCAGGCUUUAUUAUGUAACUUAAUGUUGAGUAAAAUACAUAGCCAUAGAGUAAACCAUUAUAUAGCAGGCUAACAGUUACCAUGGUGCUUUGAAGGAAUGUAUUCACCCUCAUCCUUGAGUUGCUCUGUUCUCACCCACCGUCUCCAUUUUCUCUCUCUCUAUGUACUGUACACUCAGGUGGGAUGUGAGAACAGUGUCUUCUAUCUCAACCCUGAAACAGACCUAACCCAGCCCUCCUCUCUGUCAGCAUGGAUCCCUGGCCUCUCCUCCCGUCGCCCCCCAACCUCUCCAUCCCCGAGCCCCUGUACUACGACAGCUACUUUCCCAGGGAACGAGUCUGACCUGGGGUCCCGGAAUGACACUCCGGACGAGACCCACCAGGCCUUCGAUAAGACCAGCUCCGUGGUCAUCACCUUUGUCUACUUCACGGUGUGUGCCGUGGGCCUGACCGGCAACACCUUGGUGAUCUAUGUCAUCCUGCGCUACGCCAAGAUGAAGACGGUGACUAAUAUCUACAUCCUGAACCUGGCCGUGGCCGACGUCCUCUGUAUGCUGAGUCUACCCUUCAUCGCCAUGCAGCUGGCCCUGGUCCACUGGCCCUUCGGCGCCGUGCUCUGCCGCCUGGUCAUGACCGUGGACUCCCUCAACCAGUUCACCUCCAUCUUCUGCCUGACGGUCAUGAGUGUCGACCGCUACCUGGCCGUGGUCCACCCCAUAAAGUCCACCAAGUGGCGGAAGCCACGCGUGGCUAAGAUCAUCAACCUGACCGUGUGGGGAGUGUCCCUUCUGGUCAACCUGCCAAUCAUGAUCUUCAGCGGUCUGAUGCCCAAUAAUAACCAGGCGUGGGCGUGUACCAUUGUGUGGCCGGAGCCUCAGGAGGCCUAUCAGACGGCCUUCAUGUUCUACACCUUCCUUCUGGGUUUCUUCCUGCCGCUCAUCGUCAUCUGCCUCUGUUACCUGCUCAUCAUCGUCAAGGUGAGCCCCUCCUCCCUGUUCAUGGUGUUUUAUUUUCAAGUUCACUUAUCUUUAUUAUUGACGACGUCUUUGGUGAAGUUCUCCAUUCUGAUAUAGUUGAACCUAUUAUCUAUCUACCUAUUAUCUGUAACCAUAGAGAUAGGUACAGUUGUGGUAUCUAAGAAGGUAGUAUCACCCUCUCUCCCUUUCCAAUAGGUGAAGUCGUCAGGCAUGCGGGUGGGCUCCACUAAGCGUAAGCGUUCGGAGAGGAAGGUGACCAGGAUGGUGUCCAUCGUAGUGGCCAUGUUUGUGCUCUGCUGGCUGCCCUUCUACGUGUUCAACGUCACCUCGGUGACUGGCACCAUCGACACCACGCCCGUCCUCAAGAGCACCUUUGAGUUCGUGGUGGUGCUGGGCUACGCCAACAGCUGUGCUAACCCCAUCCUGUAUGCCUUCCUGUCGGACAACUUCAAGAAGAGCUUUCAGAAUGUUCUGUGCUUAAAGAAGGUGGCGGGAUUGGACGAGGCGGAGCGCAGCGACAGCCGCAUGGAGCGGACGCGAAUGGUCAACGACUUCACCGCGGAAAUGCACAACGCCGUGCUGCUCAAUGGCGAGCUACAGACCAGUAUCUGAGUGUGUGAAGGAGU